AUGGAGGCGGAGGCGGAGAUCCCCGAGGAAGCGAAGCCGCCGAGGAUGAACCGCAGGCAGUGGAAGGCCGCGAGGGGGAACCGCGAGGACAAGUGGACGAGGAAGGAUCGCCUGCUGCUGGAAGCGAACGCGGAGAAACGCCGCGAGCAGGAGGCCGCGGAGGCGGCGGCGGACGCGGCGGCGGAAGCGGCGAACAAAGAGGACCCGGAGGCCGCCAUCGCGACGCGCUACCGCGAGAGCUGGAUCCAGAUAUUCUCCCGCUCCCACGGCUCCUACGAGGACGCCACCUCUAUUCCACCGAUGCGGUACACCCACGAGCCCCCGCCGCCCUAUACCCGUGUAGGCUAUGCUGAUUCCGUGGUCAUCUUCUCGGUGAAGGUGACACAAGUAAACCAGUGCCUGGAGUGGCCGCUGGAUGUAUACGGCGUCGUUGCUGCGCGGGAUUCAGUAGACCGCAAUCGGAACCUCAUCUUCAACCGCACCAGAGACAAUUGCCAGACGCUCACCCCGGAGGAUGCCUCUCUAUCGUUGACUGGUCCUACCCGUGCUAUCGUGAUCAUUGAUCCUGUCAACUACGAGGUCGAGCUGAAAGUGAAGGGAGACACGCCUUCUCAAGAUAAAUUCCUAAGCCUUCUACUCAUUGAGGACAAGUACUAUGCUUCUGGUGAACCUUGCCAUGGAGUUCACUGCCACACAUACUCUUCUAAGCUAAGCACAGUGGAGUUGACAAUCGGCCAUCUUGCACAAACAGUAGAGGCUACUAUCACAUUUCAGGUCAUCGAGGGAUCCUGGCCAACUCACCAUCAUGGGCGAUUUGUUGCACAUAUGCCUCAUCUCAAUGAUCUGGAGAUGGUGCUGCUUGAUUCUCGGGAUGGCAUGGUGUCUGUCAUGAGUGAUGGUGUGAUUGAGCUUUCACGAUGUGUUGUGCCCGUCGAAGCAGAUGGGGAACUGAAGCUUUGGGUGGAUGCAUGGCAGGGCAAUGACCAGGCUGAUUUUGUUGGCAAAGAUCAAGUAACAUUUGCACCUAGAAAAGCAGGUAGAAGUGAGGAUACGUGUGAUGUUGGGUUUUGUAAGAUGCGAGUCAAUGUUGUUUGGUCUCUUGUUGUGAACUGGUGAUAAGUAGAAAAUCAGUUAGUAAGUGUGUUUCAGCAUAUGUGACUGAUGUUUCUUGUUAUCUAAUGUGUGUUACAGGAACCUAAAAGGUGUACUCUUGCUGUAAAUUAUUACCAUGUAGUAAUAUCCCUCAGAAAUAACCCCGUA